AUGACCGACAGUGUAAUGUAUUUAAAUAAAAGUACAAAUGGUUCGAAAGUGCAAGAAUAUCCUUGGCCGGUUAAACGGGAAGCUGUUGUCGAAGGUGAUCUCGUAAUUGGCGGACUGAUGAUGGUUCACGAACGGGAAGAUAGCGUAACGUGCGGUCCGAUAAUGCCACAGGGUGGUAUUCAGACGUUAGAAACCAUGCUUUAUACCAUUGACCAAGUUAACGCGAAUACAUUUCUAGUGUUACCGAAUAUAACUUUGGGUGCUCAUGUUCUGGACGAUUGUGAUAAGGAUACUUAUGGAUUGGAAAUGGCCGUCGAUUUUAUUAAAGGUUCUAUCAGCAACAUUGACGGUGCGGAAUAUCACUGUAACAAGACGCAGGUGAGGAAAGUAAUUUCAGGAGUCGUCGGUGCUGCCUCUAGCGUCACUUCCAUCCAAGUAGCUAAUCUUUUACGCCUCUUCAAGAUACCGCAGGUCUCAUUUUUUUCAACAAGUCCUGAACUUAGCAACAAACAACGUUUCGAGUAUUUCUCACGAACAAUUCCAUCAGAUUUUUAUCAAGUAAAGGCGAUGGUUGACAUCGUCCGUAAAAUGGGAUGGAGUUAUAUUUCAAUUAUUUAUGAGGAGUCAAACUAUGGAAUUAAGGCAUUUGAAGAACUCGAAGAUAGCCUCGCCAGGUACUCAAUCUGCAUAGCAAUAAAAGAAAAGUUAGUAAAGGAUUCAGGAGUAGCUAAGGAGUCGGCUUACGACAGCAUGAUUCAAAAACUCAUGACAAAGCCUAGAUCUAGAGGCUGCAUAGUAUUUGGUUCCGAUCAAGAAGUUGCAGAGCUAAUGAAAGCUGUUCGUCGUUGUAAUGCCACUGGUUAUUUCUCGUGGAUAGGCAGCGAUGGCUGGAGUGCAAGAUCACUAGUUUCCGAAGGUAAUGAGGCUGAAGUUGAAGGAACACUUUCCGUGCAACCGCAAGCUAGAGAAGUUACUGGUUUCAAGGAAUAUUUUUUGAAUUUGAAUGUUGAAAAUAAUACUAGGAAUCCAUGGUUUGUAGAAUUUUGGGAGCACCAUUUCAAUUGCCGUUAUCCAAACAGUUCAAAGACGCCUUACAAUAUGAAAAUCACCAAUAUUUGCAAUGGAACAGAAAAAUUAACUGCGAACAACACUGUUUUUGAGGAUCAACUUCAAUUUGUCUCAGAUGCUGUUCUAGCAUUCGCGUAUGCUAUCAGGGAUAUGCACAGAGAUCACUGUCCCGGUACCUCCGGUUUAUGUGAAGCUAUGAAACCAACUAAUGGGACUGAGCUGCUGAAAUAUCUAAGAAAAGUAGAUUUUGAUGGUUUAAGCGGUGAUCGCUUCCACUUCGAUGAAAACGGCGAUGCCCCUGCUAGAUAUAAAAUCAAACAUUUCAAGCAAGUUUCCGAUGGAAAAUACGCUUGGAUAACGGUCGGCGAAUAUAUUGAAGGCGAACUCAAGCUCAAUAUGUCAGCAAUUCAAUUCAAAUUAGGCCAGCCUACCCCACCUGAGUCCGUUUGCAGUCUUCCAUGUCUACGAGGUCAAGCCAAAAAAUAUGUUGAAGGGGAGAGUUGCUGUUGGCAUUGUUUCAACUGUACUCAAUACCAGAUUCGCCAUAAAGACGACCCGACACAAUGUAUUAAAUGUCCUAAGGGAACCAUUCCGGAUCCUCACCACGAAUAUUGCCAAGAAAUUCCAGAGGAAUACUUACAGCCGGUUAGCGGUUGGGCCAUCGGUGCUAUGGCUUUUAGUUCCACGGGAAUACUCAUCACAGUUUUUAUAUUUGGAGUUUUCAUCAAGCACAACGAGACUCCCAUUGUUAGAGCUUCGGGUCGGGAAUUGAGCUACGUGCUUCUAAGUGGAAUUUUAAUGUGUUACAGUGUCACCUAUGCAUUGAUACUGAAACCUACUGACAUCGUCUGCGCCAUACAGAGAUUCAGCGCGGGAUUUUGUUUUACCGUAGUAUAUGGAGCACUACUAACUAAAACAAAUCGAAUUUCAAGAAUUUUCAACGCCGGAAAACAUUCGGCUAAAAGGCCCAAUUUCAUAUCGCCGCGCUCUCAACUUGUGAUAUGUUUCGGCCUGGUUGGUGUGCAGGUUUUGAUAAAUGGGAUUUGGAUGCUAAUAUCACCGCCGAAAGCGAUACAUCAUUAUCCAACAAGAGAAGACAAUUUACUGGUAUGUUCCUCUUAUAUCGAUGCUUCAUAUAUGAUAGCGUUCACUUACCCAAUCUUUCUUAUCGUCGUAUGUACCAUAUACGCAGUGUUAACAAGAAAGAUUCCGGAGGCAUUCAAUGAGUCAAAGCACAUAGGUUUCACUAUGUACACAACUUGUGUUAUAUGGUUGGCGUUUGUACCGUUAUAUUUUGGAACUGCUAACCACGUAGCGUUAAGGAUAACAAGCAUGUCCGUCACUAUAAGUCUGUCUGCAAGUGUUACGGUUGCAUGUCUUUUUUCGCCAAAGUUAUAUAUCAUACUAGUUCGCCCCGAAAGAAAUAUAAGACAAAGCAUGAUGCCAAUGAGGUAUAGCGCAAUAAAUAAGAGUUCUACAAAUACUGGAUCUGGAAGUAUGAUGGCAGCUGUAAUGGUGACUGCAGCUACCUGCGACCAAAAACAAAACGUUCAGAAGCAUGUAUCUCCCAUCGAGAAUGUAGUGGAUGAUGUUUUUUAUAAGCAACCCAAAACGAAAGACAGCAGUACCCAGACGACACCCGAUUCAUUGGACAAAGCUUUUUCGCAUUCGCCAGUAGCAAUGAACGCCAAGAUCAACAACAACCACAAUAUUGGAAAUGGACCAGCAACGUUGGCUCAAGAAUCGAAAAAAUUUGUAGAAUUGACGUCAUAG